AUGCCCCGAGAUACCACCAGACAGCAGACUAAUCACAAUGAGGAAGGGAUGGAGGAAUCCUAUGUAGAUCGAUCUCAACCCCCCAACCCAUCAUCAGCCAUAGAACAGUUGAAGGCCGAAAUGCUGGAAUUGAAGAGACUUCGGGAGAAGGACGCACACGAGCUGUCACUCCUAAGGAAGGAGAAUGCGAAACUUAGGAGCGACAAUCGUUCCUGGCAUCCAUCCCGCGGCACCCCCAACACUCAGUUAACGCAUGACCAAGGGGAAUCAUCAGGAUGGUAUAAGGAGACAAGCAAUCCUCGGCCUCCCGGCGGAGCGACGAAGACGACCAUGGAUCAGCAACGAAGGCAAGGGAAGACGCCAUUCACUCCAGACAUUGCCGGAGCCCGGUUGCCCGACAAUUGGAAGAACUUGGGCUUAGAAAAGUAUGAUGGAACCGCUGACCUCGAAGAACACCUAGAUGCAUUCGUUACUCAAGUUGGGUUAUACACCGAUGACGACGCCAUCAUGUGUAAAGUCUUCCCAACCUCAUUAAAAGGACCAGCACUGAAUUGGUUCACAAGACUCCCCCCAGGAUCAGUGGACUCUUUCACAACCUUAUCCUCUCGAUUCAUAAUACAAUUCGCGACGAGCCGACCCCAUCAGCUCACCUCCAUCGCAUUGGUCAAUAUUCGCCAAGAUAAGAAAGAACCACUGAGAACCUUCAUGGAACGGUUCGGGAAGAUGACCCUAUCUAUCCGAGACCUAGACCCUGCAGUGGCAAUGCACCACCUCACCACAGCAUUAAGGCCGGGGCCCUUCGUAAAUAGCCUAUGUAAGAAGCCACCCCGAGACCUGGAUGACCUGAGACAAAGAGCCACCAAGUACAUGCAGAUGGAAGAGUUGGCCGAGUUCAGGAAUCAGAACCGGCCCGACCUCUUCCUUGGGAAGAAAGAAGCGGAAAAGGAGCAACCUCCAAGGUCUCGCCCUCGAGACGUGCCGGAUAGGGAGAGGAAUAAUAGGGGACCUAGAUAUGCACAGUACACGCCGCUUAACACAAGCAGAGCCAAGGUGUUGGAGCAGGCCUUGGCCACAAAAGUCCUCACGGUCCCCCGUCGUGCUAUGACUCCGCCUCACGCGGACAAAACCAAAACAUGCCAAUUUCAUAGAAACAGAGGACACACAACCGAGGAAUGCACAACCCUCCGAGAUCUCAUUGAAGAUCUUGUUAAGUCAGGCCACCUUCAAAACUUCACCCAAUCCUCAGGUAGAAAGAGAUAUGAUAGCUACCAUGAUAAGAGGGAGUCCGGAAGGGGGAACCGUGAAAGAGCACCCCCGAGGUAUAGAUCACGGGAACGAAGAAAGUCUCAGGAGAGGAAUGAUCAGCAACGAAACCAGAAUCAACCCAGAAGGGUGAUAAACACAAUAGCCGGAGGCUUCGCUGGAGGCGGAGCCACAUCCUCGGCACGAAGGAGACACCUAAGAGCGAUCAGAUCGGUCAACGCAGUAACCCGGGCAAGGUCGGUCCACAUGCCACCAAUUACCUUCAUCGACAAGGACUUCCAGGGUGUCGAUCCGGUGCAAGACGACCCCAUGGUCAUCUUAGUAGAGAUCAACAAUUGUAUAGUGAAGAAGACGUUGGUGGAUCAGGGAAGUUCAACCGACAUCUUAUAUUGGAAAACUUUCGAGCAGCUGGGUAUACCCGAGCGCGAAUUGACACCUUACAACGAGCCUUUGGUUGGAUUUUCGGGCGAAAGAGUGGACACCCGGGGAACGAUAGACCUAUACACCUACUUCGGGGAGGAACAACAAAAACGAAGGAUUAAAGUACGAUAUGUGGUGAUGCAUGCUAAUACCUCGUACAACAUCCUAUUAGGCCGACCCUCCCUGAACAAGCUCCGAGCUAUUGUCUCCACCCUUCACUUAGCUAUGAAGUUCCCCUCUGAAGAAGGAACGGUUAUCACUCUGCACGCCGAUCAAAAGACGGCCCGCGAAUGUUACUUCGCCAGCCUAAAGGUACAGCCAACUCCAAAGCCAAGGCGAGAUGUUAAUGUCAUCGGCAAUGUCUGCUAG